AUGCCUGUUGCUGAGGGAGGCGAUCAAUACUCUGUUUGGGUGGGAUUAAUUUACAUAUUUAACUUAAUAGUUGGUACCGGGGGUCUGACUCUACCAGCUGCAUUUGCCAGAGCAGGAUGGGGCCUAAGCACAAUAACUCUUGUAUUCCUAGCAUUUAUGAGUUUUGUGAAUGCAACAUACGUCAUAGAAACUAUGGCCUGUGCCAAUGCUGUAUUCAAAUGGAAAAGAUUGCAACUUUUAAAGAGGAAUAGUAUGCAAGAUAAAGAAAACUCAGAACAAACUACCUCAAAUCCUCCUGAGUAUGCAGAGCUUGAAGAUUCUGUAGUUUGUGGAGACUCUGAACCUUCACAAUAUUACAGUCUUGAUAAGAGAAUUGAGCUAGGGGAAAUGGCUAAUCUCUUCUUAAGUAAAACUGGACAGACAAUGGUCUAUUGCAUACUAUGUGUCUAUCUGUAUGGGGAGUUGUCAAUAUAUUCUGCUGCUGCUUCCAAGUCUUUGAUGCAUGUUGUGUGUUCAACAGUUCCGUCAAAUAUGCAAAAUAUAACAGACGGGCCCUGCUUUCAUGACUCUGAAGGGACCUUCACUCGUAUUGAUUGUUACCGAGUGGCUCUAUUGACAUUCUUCGCAGCAAUGGGACCUUUUGUCUUCUUUAAUGUACAGAAGACAAAAUACCUACAGCUGUUUACUUCUGGCAUGCGGUGGCUUGCAUUCGUCAUAAUGAUAUCAAUGGCGAUACAUCUUCUAAUCAAACACGGUCCUCAAGGGAAGCCGCCAGCUUUCGAUUUCACGGGUAUGCCCAAUUUGUUCGGGACCUGCGCCUAUGUAUUCAUGUGCCACCAUUCCCUCCCUGGCCUAAUCAGCCCUAUACGAGGCAAAAGUCACCUUGGGCUCCACCUCUCGCUUGAUUACAUGGUCAUUAGCAUCUUCUAUCUCCUUCUGGCGUUCACGGGCGCGUUCGCGUUCGCAAACCUCAAUGAUCUUUAUACAUUAAACUUCGUGCCCACAAAUAAUGAGAAUAUUUUUCUAGAAAUAGUCGCAUACUUUCUCGCUCUUUUUCCUGUAUUCACUCUCUCUACAAGUUUUCCGAUUAUUGCUAUUACAUUGAGGAAUAAUUUACAAAGUUUGUUUUUGGAUACGAGUCGCUUGGAGUCGUAUAACUUUGUUUUACGGAAGUUGAUAUUUCCAAUUGUAGCUGUCGUUCCUCCGCUAUUACUGACGUAUUUCUUGGAGGAUAUAAGCGUUCUUAUUAUGUUCACAUGGUCGUAUGUUAGUUCGUGGAUACAGUAUUUGAUACCUACCUUUCUUGUGCUCUUUGCUAGACGACAUUGCGCUAAUUUGUUAGGUUUAGGAGUGGUUAAUAGAUAUAAAAGUCCAUUUUCAAAUGUAUCGUGGGCUGUGUUUGUCCUACUUUGGUCAUUUAUAUGUAUAAUACUCGGAGCUGUAAAUACAAUCGAGAAAGAUUCAGAUCGUGAAACAUCAUAUUUUAACGAAGUUUUUAACUUUAAAUAG